AUGAACGCGAUCAUCAGCCAGAUCAAGCAAGAGCUCAGCCGGAUCGACAGCCAGCUCGACGAACUCGAGCUGAUCGCAGAUGAAGCCGAGGAUGAAGCGAGCAGAACGGACGCACUCAUGAUCGCAGAGGACCAUCGAAACCAGGCCACCAGGCUCAGAGUGUCUUUCCAGACGAUCUCCCUGGACGUCAAACGAGCCCUCUCGAACAGCACCCUCGAGUCAGCACGAGCCGAGCUACUCAGCGGGGUAACGCCCAAGACUGGCAGAUCAUCUAACACGCAUGACGCGCUCAUCUCGGCCUCCUCCGAUGUCAGCCAAUCACUCCGGAACACGCUCGAGAUCAUGCGACAGGCACUCGAUCGCUCAGUGGUGUCCACCCACUUGCUUGAACAACAAACGGCCACGCUCCAGCUGACCUCGGACCAAUACUUGAGUUUUGGCGAGCUAAUGAAAACCUCCCGUGCGCUGAUCAGCAGCCUACAACGGGCCGAUCUGGACAGGAUCCUGCUCACGGGCGCCUUGACCUUCUUCGCCCUGGUGUGUCUGUACAUCUCGAAGAUGCAGAUCCUAGACCGGGGCGUCUCGUUGCUCUCCCCCCUCCUCUCCCCCCUUAGCCGGACUACGGCCAAGAUCAUCAGCAACAACGAGCAGGCCGCUGUCGCCCUCAGCUCGACCGGCCAACAGGAUGAUCUCUUGAUCGGUGCUGCAGCGGCAGCUGCGGAGGCGUCGCUUUCAUCCCCAGCCUCACAUCCCUCGAUUUACCCCCUGCCAUCACCGGACCUCCGCUCACAUCUACCCCCGCCAAUCCAUCUGUCCUGCAAAUACCAUAAAUCGAACUGCUUCAUGAAGAACUUUAAAAGGUCCAUACGUCCCUUGAGAACUUAG